GAAUGCCUCUCAAAAAGGGACAAAUAAUGGAAACUAGAGUCGACAUGGACGACUUGAAAGAUCUCUCCUUCGCAGCUGGAUACGAGAGCGACACCAGCAGCGGCGAAUGGUUCAUGGAUCGCCCCCCUGAUAAAAAGUGUUUCGAUAUUCAGAAAGCCGAUAACGCCGUGGCUGACACUGGCGGUAAAGUCUAUUUGCUAAAAACAGCCAUCAGAGAAGGCAACGUUGCUGCCAUUGAACAGCUGCUGGACGAUGGGAUGAAUGUGGACAGCAGCCUGACCUUUGACCACACCCCACUGAUGUGUGCUGUCAGUCUGGCGGACCACGAUGUUGCCAAAGUGCUUCUGGACCGAGGAGCCAAUGCCAACUUCAAAAAAGAUGGCUGGACGGUGCUGAUGGCCUGCUGCACUGCGUCGGCAAAGGAGGACAAAAUCGCUCGCUGUGUGGAGCUUCUGCUAUCCAGGAAUGCCGAUCCCAACAUGGCGGACAGGUCUCAAGUGACAUGCCUAAUGUUGGCCGCCAGAGCCAAUUACUGCACAGUCCUGAACCUGCUGGCGUCCCACGGAGCCAACCUCGAUAUGCAGGACGCCAACGGAUACACCGCCCUGUCGGUGGCCGUUCACCACGGCCGAGAGAAGGCCGUGCUGAAGCUCCUCCAGCUGGGAGCCGACAGCAGCAUCGCCACCAAGGCGGGAAAGAGCCCCGCCCAGCUGGCUCUGCUUCUAAAGCACGCACAGAUCUCCAGAAUCCUGUCCUCCACAUUGAACAGUGAUCCUGUGCUCCCUUUCAACUCCACGGAGGAAACCCUUCCCACGAUCGUCAAGGCCAACCCUCAGCCCGCAUCUUUUGCAGAAAGUGUACCCAAGCUGGAUGACCUGGAGCUCCUGCUUCGCGGCUUGGAUCUGGACUACCACAUUGACAAAGACAUCACCUGGGGCGAGCUGCUGACUAUGCAGGAGGAGGACCUGGCGAAGGUUGGAAUCACCGAAGCAGCGGACCAGCAGAAGGUUCUGAGCGCUGUGCAGCAGAUGCACUUGGACAAGUUGGACUUGGACACAAUGGAGCAACUCGGAGUGACUGACAGCGGGAGUGAGGAGCUGCUUACCUUCCUGCUCAAGGUGAAGCGGCAAUGCUUCGGGCUGACGGAAACCAUUCAAGACACCGUCCGCCGUCUCCCCCUGCAGGUCUCCAAGCUGGUCUUCACACUGGACCACAAGAGGGAGGCCCAGGCCGUGUGCAGCCAAUUGAUGGUGCAGACCCAAGACCUGCAGACAGAAGUCAACUGCCUGCACAAUCUGCUCUGCCAGAUGAACGAGGCCCCAAACUGCUGUCGCCUUCCUCCACCCGUCGCCAGCGGCGAUAGGACACCAUCGCCCCGAGCGAGCGUCGCCGCGGUGGUGCUGGGGGCUGCCCUCCUUCUCUUCUUCAGCCAUCGCUAUCUGCCCAAGUUAAGGAGCGGCUUCAUGUCAUUUUAAGCUGUCAGGCUCUUUCGUGUUGAACCAAGACACAUUUGUACGUUGUUACCAGGACGACUUGUAAAGUUGAAGUCUUUUUUUGUAAGUUAAAAAGUUUUAGUUUUUUUGAAACAUGUUGUGGCCUGGGGGAAAAUUGUUUUAGAAGCAUAUGUUCAGAUUUGCAAGUUUUAGUUUUUAGGAGUAUGGAAUAAAGAUGUUAGGAAAGAAAUGUAGAAUGAACAGAAUAUUUGUCUCCCGAAAUCUAUACAGCCAAAGAAACAACAAUAAAAAGGCAAAAAUU